AUGACUAGCCCUAACGAUAACCAAAGUUUGGAGCCACCAAACGAUGACGGGAAUCCUCCAACUCCGGCGAAUGAAGCUGGCACCGGUAAUGGUGAUAGACCAACUCGGAGUAUAACGGUUUCGAUCCAAUAUUCGUACUUUAAUCCCAACGGUCUUGCUAAUUUGAAUCGAGGUAACGCGGGUGCGGAUAAUGAAGAAACGCCGCCGGUUGCUAGACCUGAUGGGGCUUUGAUCCUGUCAUUCAGAGAUGUGCCUACUUCCACGCCGCAGGAGCGUCUGGAGUCGAUCAUAUCGAUUGCUGCAGAGCUGGCUAUGAGGCGGUUUAGCGAUUUGAUGUCUCAACCGAAGGGGAUAUCGAAGGAACAGUUCGAAGAACUGCCUACUGUGCGGAUCAGUGAGCUGCAGGACGAGCAAAGUAAGGUGUGUAGUAUUUGCUACGAUAGCUACGAAGAGGAGCCAGAGAACAUUUUGAAAAGAAGCAGAGACGAAGAGUUUGGAGACCGAAGCGAUUUGAUCAAGAAGCAAAGAUCCGAAUCUCCGGCAGUUAUGAUUGGUGCUGAAGAGCCUGCGGGAAAUUCCGGCGCUCACUCGUCGCAGGGACCGAACGAUGGUGAGACACCAACAUAUAAGCACUCUCCCGUUAGGUUGCCGUGUGAUCAUGUCUUUGGUAGAGAGUGCCUUUUCAAAUGGUCUCAACUGGAGAACAGCUGCCCUCUUUGCAGACAUAAGAUAGUUGAUGCGGCUCCUGGGAAUAGCGGAGGCAGCAGUGAAAAUAUGGCAAACUUAAAUGCAGAAGCAUUCGAGAGAAUCAGACAAGCGCUUUACAAUACUCCACAAGCGGAGACAGCUGAAGGUGGCGGUAGCGAUACUGCGAACGAAGCUGGCGAUACUAAUGAAGGUAAUGACUUGCAAAAUUUCACGUUUUCUAGGUCCGGCAUAGUCCUCUUGAGACCUGAUGAUCUCGCCGGGCCGAACUUCGGCGAGCAAUCGAACGCAGCAGGUCAAGGCCAAGGUGCAGCCUCUGAGGAAGCAUCUGCUGCAACAAACUCAGCUUUCAAUCCGUUUGCUGCUAGCAAUGGGGAGAAUAGAAGGGUUCAAUGGAUCCCUCUACCGAUUACGACCAUUUACACGGGAGCCAACAACCUCAAUACUGAUGGCGCAAACAACAAUAGCAGUGGGACUAAUCUAGAUGGCUCUGAAACGAGUCGUCACCAGGAGAGAUCUCCAAACGAAAGACUCAGAGCAAUAUUAAGCAACAUCUUUAAUGUCAGCCACUCAGCAAAUAUGGCCCGUACUAAUGAAGACAGCGGCGCCCCUAAUGCUUCAAAUAAUAUCAACACCGAACAGGCUACUUCGGCUCGAGUAGCGCCCAGCACAAGCGAUCGCCAGUCAAGUUCUAAUUCGCCUAUUCCGCGCAGAAGAUCAUUUCUUGAUCAUAUAUUGAGAAUCACAAAUCGUCAUAGAAAUCGCCCAAAUAACGGCAUUCCCAGAGCGAACACUCCCACUGCGCUCCAUUCCGCAAACAGUAUGUUCAACAGCGGUGUUGCAAGCUACAGAAAUCAAGACGGACAAGUUUCUACAUUUAACAUAACCGAUGGGCAACUGCCCGCUCCUCCACAAGCGACUCAACCAGAACAGGGUACUACCGGCGCAAAUACCAGUGGAAGUCAAACUGCGCACCCUCGCUCAGAUAGCGGUGAAUCCUCGAGCGAAAGUAAUGAUACCUCCUCCUAA